UUGACCACGUGGCACCGCCUGCGCAUGUGCGCACGCUUUCAGGGCUGCCCCAGCUGCUGGUCCAGCUCCUCUAUGGUCUCGCCCUAGAGCUUUGCUCUUUGGGGGCAGUGGCCGCAGUCGUGUGGGUAGCAGGCCCCAAGUGACAGCAGCAUGGAGGAAUUCGAUUCCGAAGACUUCUCCACGUCGGACGAGGAUGAGGACUACGUGCCGUCGGGUGGAGAGUACAGUGAAGAUGAUGUCAAUGAAUUAGUGAAGGAAGACGAAGUGGAUGGUGAAGAGCAGGCUGAGAAAACCAAAGGGAAAAGAAGGAAGGCUCAGAGCAUUCCAGCCAGAAAGAGAAAACAAAGUGGCCUCUUGUUAGAAGACGAGGACGACAAGGAAGAAUCUGGAGGUAGUAGUAGUGGAGAAGAUGAAGAGGAGCAAGGAGGCCUUGGGUCCGAGAAUGCAAGGAAAAAGAAGGAAGAUGAACUGUGGGCCAGCUUCCUUAAUGAUGUGGGACCAAAGUCAAAAGCAGCUCCAAGUUCACAAGUUAAGGCAGCAGAGGAGACGGAAGAGACUAGUUCAAAUAAACUGUUGGCGAAAGCAGAUGAGCUGGAGAAACCUAAAGAAUCAGAAAAAGUGAAAAUUACCAAGGUGUUUGACUUCGCUGGUGAAGAAGUGAGGGUGACUAAGGAAGUAGAUGCUUCGUCCAAGGAAGCCAAGUCUUUCCUCAAGCAAACUGAGAAAGAAAACCCUCAGGCUGUCGCCACUUCAGCAGCACCACCACUCCCUGCGGGGUCGGGGAUAAAAAGGUCAAGUGGCAUGAGCAGCCUUUUGGGGAAAAUUGGAGCAAAAAAACAGAAAAUGAGCACGCUUGAGAAGUCUAAGCUGGACUGGGAGAGCUUCAAGGAGGAAGAAGGGAUCGGUGAAGAACUGGCUCUCCAUAACCGAGGGAAAGAAGGGUACAUUGAACGGAAAGCUUUUCUGGAUCGAGUGGACCACAGGCAGUUUGAAAUUGAGCGAGAUCUCAGGCUGAGCAAAAUGAAACCUUGACAUUCUGGGGAGAAUUAGUAGCAGCUUAAUCCUAUUGACAAUCUCGGAAAACACACUCCGCACUUCUCACUGUGACGGCAGAGUCGAGGGCCAGGACCCACCAGCAAGCCAGGCCGCCUGAACUGGACAUGGCUGUUCUCUGAACCAGUGGCUGUUUCUCAUAGGCAUAAACCAGACAGAGGUGCCAGGAGUCUUCAGCCCUGCUGGCCACGCCCUGUGCGCUGAAUGCAAUGACUGUAGCAUGGAGGCAGGGAGCUACACGGGAGGACACACGUGGGACAUAGGAGGCAGACAUGGGCCACCCAGGAGCUUUUCCUCUUGGUCAGUAUGUACUCCUGUGUGAGCCCACCAGAGUUCUUAGUGAGAAUUGCUUUCUCAGUCACAUUGUUAGCUGUCCUGAUAGCCUGCUUCACUUUCAAAGGGUUAAGCCACCUUGACAAAUGCCUGGCAUUUCUCGAUGGACCCUUGGUUCGGUCCCCAGCACUGACUCCCCCCACCCCAACCCCCCAAAAAUCCUCUUUUCUAACAGUUUGAACCAUGGUAGACACUAUCUAACCCAGUUUAUAAAAAUGCAUGAAAAAGGUAUUUGAUCUAGCUCCUCACAUCCGUGUUUAGUGGAACCCAGCUCCCACAGAGAUGGUGCCCUUUAUUCAGGAAUUAGGAAUGGUUCAAUGUUUGUGGGGACCUGUGAAGGAUGAGUCAGUACUGGGGACAGUUUGGAGCCCUUUGUGGGUCUGGUGGCCCAGUGCUCUGCUGGCCCUCACCAUGGGCCUAUUGACUAAGGAGGUAUCUAAGGGCCCUCUAUGACUGAUCCUGUGGAGCAGAGACUGUCUUAGGAGUUGAGUUCUCUGUCCCUGCCCCAGUCCUUUGUCUUCUCUAUGUCCCAGAUGGGUGUGUCAGAAUUCCAGAGUAUCUAGUACCUUUUAAUUAGGGGGGGGGGGAUUGACUGCCCUAGAGCGGUAUGAGGUCAAAUAAUAAAACAAGCCUCUUUUUGUACUCUGCUCACCUACUUCUUGAGGAACACAGUGCUCUAAUUAAGAAUUGUGCACAAGGCCUCUAGGGCCUUACAGGGACACAUUAAGAAGUAACCUUGAGUGUGGUGUACACUGUGAAGCUAAGGAGGAAGAAAGACACUGAGGCCUUGGCCAAUAUUGAGCCAGGGUCUGUCUGGCAUGAGGAAUGUGCCAUGAGGCCACUUAGCCGAAUGGCCUGCAUCCCUGGAGGACCAGAGACACCUUUGGAGAGAAGUGGAGACAGGGUGCGUCCCACCGCUCAGGACUGGGAAGACUGCGGGACAGGCUGUCCGGAGACUGUGCUACCUUGUGGUUAGUGUGGCAAGGUGUCUGAACGUGUGUAGUUUGGUUGGUGUGGUCUGUCAAGGCAGGGCAUGGUAGAAGGGUCUAGCAUACUCCAGAAGAUGCAGUAUUGUGCCUUUUGGUACCAGUCCCUCAUGAGAGCUAGAAGUACUUAGGUAUGUUGGUAAGACAUGGUUGAUAGUUUGCAGCACACAGAACUGGUCACAGAAGUGAUUUGAAUGUGACAGUGACAGGUCAACAGACCAGAAAGCUCCUGGUAUCAUCAACAAAUAAAACCAUUUCCCAGGAUCACCCACCCCAACAUACAUACAUACACACUUGCACGCACACACCACACAGCCUCAGCACGGCCCCAUUUUCCACGAGAGGAAACUUGCCUGGAGUCAUCGGGGAACUGGCCAGAGCGCGCACACAUCACGUGGUUUCACAGCAUGCUGAACAGCCUCUCGGUGCUGUUUGGUUCCCGCAGCCAUGUGAGUGUUGGGGAACUUGUGUUGGGAGAGGAGUGUCGGGACAGAGGGACACACACAGAAAUGUCUGCAGUGGAGGGGACAGCAUAGCAAAGUCAAGGACACACAGGCCCCCCAGCCAGGGCAGCGUCUGAGACUCUGCUGGAGGGGUAGGUGUGCCCCUGAGAUCCCUCAGACAUCGUUGGCCUGGACUGAAAGGAUGGAGCCAGGUAUCACUCACGUCGAGCUCUGUUGUGCUGAGGUAAUCAGAUUUGCCUUGAACAUUUCCAUCCUUGUACUACCGCAUAGUGAUGAGCUUUCUAGGUAGCAAGCUUUCUCUAUGUCCCAUUGAGGCUGGCAGGCAUUUCAACUGAUCCCCUGCCUCAAUGGCUCCAGGAGCAAUUCUCGGAAGAGUGGUUCAAAGUGACCAGUUUAAAAACAAAACAAAA